AAGAAAAAGAAAAGAAAGAAAGGAGAGAAAAAAAAAGAAAAAAGUAAACCGAGAAGGUAUAUUAAAGUGUUUAAGAACGGGAAAAUACGGUUCGUUCGUAUCUUAAGUAAUCUCGAUUCGAGGUACGAAAAAGAGGAGGAACCUAAUCCAUUAAAUGGCGAAAGUAUUUUAAAGUCGGGAAAAAUCCGUUCCUUCUUCGAAAGUUCAAUUAGCCGCGCCCUUUCACAGCGGUAACGUUGAUUAAUGGCGGCGAAGCGACAUUUGGCCAGUCCAGGAGUUACACCGGAAGCGGCCGUUAACGUCGUUCGACGAGUGACACGAAUCUCCACCGCGUUUAUCGUAUUUGCGUUCUUCGCGCAAAGAGCCCGAUCGUCGUUCGUGCUUGGCCCCGACGAGAAGUGCACGCCAAAGUGCCUGUCACUCGAGACAACGCGAUCCCUCGUUUCGAACGAAAUGGAUAGUUGGAGUGAGUGAGUUAGAGAAAGAGAAAGAGAAAGAGAAAGGUAGAAAGAAAGAGAGAGAGAAAGAGGGAUAAGGAGAGCCCUUCUCACGAUUUAUCCUCGUUAAUUCGGAUGGCUCGUUCAUUUGGAAAGCCUAUCUCGCAAUGUAAUACCGACGAACCAGUUUCUCUCUCUCUUUCUCUCUCUCUCUUUUUCUCUCCUUAUGUGUUUCUCUCUUUCUCUCUUUCUCUUUCUCUUUCUCUCUCUCUUGCUGUCUAUCUCUCGCUGUCUAUCUCUGUUCUUUUCUCGUACGGUAGCCUUCGAGCUAAUGAAACGGUUCGGAUGAUGCUUCAAUUAGAACGUCGUGACACGCGUGCAAUUGCAUUUCUCCGGCUAGUUCUCUCUCCCUUUCGGUGCUAACUCCUGCUCCAUACAUAAUUAAAUCCCUACGACCUUAAUUCGGAUUCGCUCUCGUCGCACGUCGUCCACCCUCUCUCUCUCUCUCUCUCUCACUCUUCAUCCUCUACAAUGUCUUACUUGAGAAUUUCUUCCCUCGAGUUCUACGUCUAUAUACAUACACGAUCCCUAUCUAUAAAACGAUCGAAGAAGAACUUUAAGGGACACGUUCGCAGAAAGAAAAAUUAUUCUUCUACGUUUAACGGAGAUAGGAGUAUAUAGAUAGCGAGAACAUACGUUGGAAACGUACAGUUUUGAUGGGCUCCUUUGUGAUCGUAAUAAAAAAGAGAGAAAACCAAAGAGAAAAAAGAACAAUAGAGGAAGGAAGAUAUGUACUUUUCUGAUUGUCGCUUCGGUGCAUCAUUUUUGAUCGAUCGUUGACACCGUGAAUGCGGUGAAUCGUGCACCUUGAUAACGGAAUAACAUGGCCGCUUAUCCGUAACUGCUGCCGGUUUACAAUGUCGCGAUCCUCGUCGAUCUUCCGUACGGUUUCAAGCGGUUGGAACGUCGCCAAACAUUUUUAUUAUGGCUUCGCUAACUAACAUCGAUUCGUAUCGGUGACUUGCAUGUUCCGAUCUUUUCUUCCUUUCUUAUUGUAAACGUUCUUCCAAAAAAUGAUCUUCAACGUUUUAUAACAAAACGAACGCGUUCUUCAUCGAUUUCUUUCUCUCUUUCUCUUUCUCUUUCUCUUUCUCUCGAUAGUUGAUUUAACGAGUGUUAACUAAUUCGAACGAUUGACUCGAUCUUCGUCAAUUGAAUUAGUUAAACGUCCUAUUCUUAGUAGUAUCAGUCGGAUAAUAAAAUCAAUAUAGCUGUUCAAACAAAUCUACAUCCUUAACGAUCUUACAUUUAAUCUGUUUACUCGAAAGACGAUCCGUUGACGAAAGAGGUAUACACUGUACAGGGUAUCGUCCGAGGGGGUUAGGAGGUAUCGAGAGUAGCUCGAUAAAGGGGAUGAGGAGAGGAAAAGAGAAGAUGUCGUUGAGAAAGUCGUAGAAGAACAGCGGACGGUGUCGGUGUUUUCGGGUGCGAGAAAAGAAGCAGAAGAAGAAAAAGAAGAAAAAGAAGAUAAAUUUAGCGAACGACAGAGAAGGCAGUGGGAAGGAGGGAGGAGGAGGAGAAGGAGGAGGAGAAGAAGGAGGAGGUGGUAAAAAAAGGUGAGGUGGUCCGCGAGGGCCACGGCCAUGGGGGAGGCGGCAGCAUGUUUUCCGAGCUGUGCAGGGAGACUCUGCGGAAGGCCGCCGUGUGCUACAGUUCUGGUCGUGCGGGAAGUCCCUCACCAUCGCCACCAACGUCUCCGCCAGCAUCACCCUCCAAGGAGGCAAAGACUCCUGCCAACACUGAUCUGGGAAAUGUCCGUGGUACCGGAUGCGAGUGCAGAGAUUCCUCUGCUACCGGAAGGCGGCAUACUACACAGCCGGUCGAACUCCGUGACCUUAGGGAAAAGCGGCCAGCGAUGCCGACGGACUUCAGCAAACGGUUGCCUGGACUCGAGGCAAGGGACGCCGGUAGACGACAGCUCGAGGAGUGCAGAUUCACCGGAGGAGGCGGAAGUGGGGGAGGAGGAGGAAGUGGAGGAUGGGGUGGCGGUGGGGGCGGAGGAGGAGGAGGAGGAGGAGGAGAGAUCGGCGAGUAUGGAAGACCCGGCUCGAGACUCGGCAGACAAUCGGGACUCUCGUCGCCAGAGCCGGAGUCCGAACUCGACACCUCUGAGGACAACUCCUCGACGUCUGGCGACGAAGCUGGAGCCGCUUCUGAGGAAAUUAACCAAAGGACCAGUUCUGCACACAAUCGCCACUCUCUCACGAAGGAAGAAACAAUGCAUUGGUUCGCCCAGAUAGGAGGUGACAGUGGUACUCACAAUUUUCCAGAUAAUCAUCGGAACGAUGUGAAGCGCCGCCGAAGUCUCUACGAUGAGGACUCCCUCGACGACGAUCGUCCUGACGAGAACGAAGCACGAGACUCGACGGGAAGUGCGAAAGAUGUUGACAGGGCGAGGCUCGUCCGUGAAAGGCAGAACGAAGAACGACAACGGAAGCUGGAAGAGCUGAGACAACAGGCACUCGCCGCCCAACGUUUUCGGGAGCAGCGAGAGGAGGAACGUCGAAGACGCAUCGACGAGCUGAGGUCACGAGAUAAUGACAGACGGAACCAGGUAGAAGAAAGGAAACGAUUGAUAUGCGAGGCAGAGCGAGAAAGGCGGGAGGCUAUCCUCCGAAAGAAUCAGGAGAGGGAGGCACGCAUCGAGGCAAAGAAGAAGAAUGAGAGAUCGCACAUCGUUUUUGCGUUCGGCAGUUCGACACCACGAAUGUUGGAGCCAGCUGAUACCGGUGGUUCGACCUUCUGGGGUACACGCAGAGCCACUUCGACGACCAACGUCAUGAUGUUUUCAGCGGCUCAGCCUUUGACCAGGAGAUCCUCCGAAAGAGAACUCGAUGGCAGCAAGAAAAGAGCUACUUCCGCCGGUGGACUCGACAGAAAGCCCGGCGAAGAUAUGAGAAUGUCCUCGUCCAUGUACGAGGUGUUCAAUUGGAAUUCUAGCCCCGAUCCUCCCUUAACCCCUGGCAAACAUAAGAGAGCCAGCCUCUCUCUGCCUCCUACUACAGACAUCUUUGCCAUCGAUGAUAAGUCUGAUAACGAUACUAGGCGUCCAAUGAUUCAGCGGGCUGUCAGUGGUGAGGAUAGCGACGGAACACCAGGAACACCCAGUUCGGUCUAUCUUCGAGUGAACAGGAGACGUACAGACCUGAUGCCGACGAUACCAUCACCCCGUGAUGGACCACCGACGUCCGGACGUAGCUCCUCGGCCAAGGCCUUCGCACGUUCCCCAGGUAGGACUUACUCGAUGUCGAGACUGGACCAGCUAUCUCAGCCUAGGAAACGUCCGACAGAGCUUAGUACAUUGACGGAACAGCAAAGUCAGCCUCUCAGUGGUUCUAGCAUGAGUCGCAGCAUGUCGCACUUGGCUGCUGCCUCAGGAAGCAAGAGCCUUAAGCGCUCGGAUAAUUCUCGUAGCAUGGGUACAUUGCCGGGUGCAGUUCCGAUGCCGAGACCUACCAGGGCUGAAAGAUUGCGUCGAAAGGCUCGUGAGCUUCACAAUCAACAGCAGCAAGGUAUCCGCAGCGGGGAGGUGACACCGAACAGCCCAUCACGACCGCACAGCUCCAUGAGCCAGCAAAGUGCCAGCAGCGUGGGUAGCAGUAACGUCAAUCUGCGUCCUCGUACGGCUGCUCCGCGUCGACCGCGACCUGCUUCUAUCGCCGGUACCGGCGUUUCGGUCACAGAGCGACACAAUCUCUCAGGUGACGCAAAAUUAACAAAGGAUUCAAAGCCACCACUGCCAAAGGUCCAUAGUACUCCAAAGAAACCUUCUACGCCUAAAGCAAGCGAGAUAAAGAAACCGACGGAAAAAUUAGUAAAGAAUGCAAAGGCAUCGCCACGGAUAACACCAAAGGCGACGCCUUUGCAGAGUCCAGGUGUUGAGCAUUCGCCGCUCAUUCGCGAAGCCACUGAAAUAAUUGGACAUGAAAAUGACAUUAAAAAUGGUAAAUCGGAAGAAAGGAACGAGGAAAAGAAGGAUCACGGUUCAGAGAAAGCACAGGACGUAGUAGAGACAGAAUUAGUUGAUAACGAAGACAAAAACGAGAUUAAAAACGAAAUUAAAAAUGAAGUUAAGAAUGAAGGUCCGAUAGUCGAACAACCGGUACCAGUAGCCGCUAUCAAACAAGCCAAGGAUGAUAGCAAUUUCAUGCAAGAAACGUUGUCCUCUCAAGAAUCCACGUUGAAAAAAGAUGAUAAUAAUAAAGUAGAGAAGAUAGAAAAGAAAUUGACGAUGGAACAGGAAGGUGAAAGCGAAGUCGAUAACGAGGAACAGAUCGACAUGUCUGCUUCGAUGAUCGCAAAAAUUAGAAUCACGACGGAAGAGGAAGCCAAAGCUGCCUUGGCGGAACGCAGAAGAUUAGCUCGAGAACAAGCGGAAAGGGAAGCGGAGCUUGAGCGUUUACGAUUGGAAGAGGAAGCUCGUUUGGAAGCUGAAAAAUUACGUGCCGAAGAGGAGGAGCAACGACGCUUGGAAGAGGAAACUUUACGUCUGGCGAACGAAGCACGACAGGCUGAAGAACAAAGAUUAAAAUUAGCGAUCGAAGAAGCAAAACGUCGAGAGGAGGAAGAUCGAAGAAGACGAGAGGAAGAAGCUCGUCAAAAGCAAGAGAAGGAAGAGGCUGAGAAGAAAGCGAGAGAAGAAGUAGAAAGACAACGAAUAGAAAUGGCCGAACGUUUGAAAAAGGAAGAGGAAGAGAGACUUGCUCGACGUAAACGCGUCGAGGCGAUUAUGCUUCGAACACGUGGAAAAAAUCAGUCCAAUACACCGACGAAGGGGGAGGGCGGAGACGGUGAUAAAUUAAAAGAAGACAGUCCUAGCGAUGAAAAUAAAUCAGCUCCCGGUAGUAAAAACGAAGACGUUAUGACAGCGAGUUUAAUAUCUGAAGCUACUCAGCAAUUUUUAAGCAGCGAGCAGCGAGCUCAUCACGUAGAAAACGUUACCGCGCCAGCUAUCGUGCAUAAUGGCACGCACAGUAACGGCAUUAAUGAAAAUAAAAUAGUAUUGGAUAAUAAUCAGGGUAACGUCGAGGGAGGAUUAAAUGGUCAUCACACGAAUCACGGGAACGAUAUCAACAGUCAAUCGAUCACACUGGAUAAUGCCACCGUCAAACAAAACAACGUGACCAACAACCUGUUAGACCUGUCAGAAUUCGAUACUCUGAGUAAUAACAGUAGUGGUCCAACGCUUGAAUUGACGCUCAACAUGGCCAAGGAAGACACGCUCAACUCGAACUUGAAUCCAACAGCCGUACCAUUUACACCAAUGGCAAAUACCUUUACGUCUGCUGGUGCUAAUGCCAACAUCAAUCCUUUCCAAGAUGCUUACGUGAAUAAUAAACAGCAAGAGAGCAAUCAAAUGUCAGGUAUGACAUAACGAAGAGAACGAUCUUUUGUCCUAAGAUUUCUUUAAAAUCUUCUGGUGAGCAAUGGAGAGAGAACAAAAAAAAAAAAGAAUUGGAUUCGGUGUCCAGUGUGUCUGUGGCAAUGGAUAUAUUCAAGAUAACGUCGUUUACGAUAAUGUAAAUAAGCGCUUUGAUAUAUGUGUAGAAAAUGAGGAUCCCAGCUAGAAGGAAGGAUAUAUAGUUCAGGGAAAAAAUUAUUUUGCCCUUAAAUCUUUGAACUUUAAACGUUAUUAUCGAUGAAAAUGUAAAAUAAUAUAUAAUAUUAGUCAAUAAUAUGCAACAGCGAUUCUAAGCACUCAGUCUGUCGUAGUAAUCGAAGGGGGAAAAAAAGGAAAAAAAAGAAACAGGAAAGAAAAGAAAAGAAAAAGAAGGAAAUAUUAACCCGCGUGACUUUUUAGAAAUCCAUUAAAAGAAAGAUAAAAAAAAACCUAGAAGGGGUAGGAGAGAGGGAGAAGAAUAUGAAAAAAUAAGACUUGUUCAUAACGUACAAUUCGAGAUACAUAUAAACAUUAUACUGAAUUCCAUCGAAUCAUUACGCGCCCUUUCCUUAUUUUGUCAUGACGUUUCAUAAUCAGUAAACGUUGAUAGAAAAUCGAAUGGAAAGAAUAUAAUCAUGCAAAACGCAAACCGAGAUAUACGAUGAUAGUAGAACUUCAAGUGAUUAACCAAGUGUGUAAAACGGCUUGACGAAUAUAGCACAAGAAAAAAUAAAAAAUAAUUAUGCAUGAUGAGUUUAAUAACACCCAAUCUGCCAAAAGAACAAAGAAAUAGGGUAAACAUCACUAAUAAUAUUCUCUUACAUAAUAGAUAGUACAUUAUCUUAUAGAGGAAAGACAGCCUAAGAAUUACUGUGUAUAAUAAGAUAUUUUGAGCUGAUAGAAAAAAUAACUUUUCUUCCAUAUUACAUUUUGGAGCGUGCGCUCCACUAGUCAAGCAAUUUUACUGUGUUUGUCAUAUCUUGUUUUGAAAGCUCACUAUCGGUACCAUAUUGUACAUCCAUCAUAAAGGUACAACUAGAAUUCACUAUAUCACACUGAUUUAUUUUUCAGUCCAUUAUGAAUUUCUAGUUGUAACGAUGAUUAAUACUUUAAUAAAAAUAGCCACUGUUAUAUAUUAUAUGCUAAUGUAUAAACUUUUUACAAUGACAAUAUUACAUUGAGUUUUAUACAGUUGUUACAAAAGGGAUAUAGAAAUCGUAUCUUGAUUUAACACAGGAUACAGAUGUCAAAACUGUUAGUGAUCUUUUUUUUUUUCUAUUUUGACCUAAACUAUUAAAUGUAAGAAAAAAAGAAACGUAUAUUUUUUUGCUAUUCCAGUGGCUAUUUACGAUAGUAGAGUACUAUGAUGCUAUCAUGCAUUACUGAGCAGGUAUUGGAAUUUAUAUUCACGAUGUGAGUUAUUUGUUAUUACUGUAGUAUAGCAUUAUAAAAUGAAUAUGAGAGUAGUAUGCCUUAUGUUUCAUACUUGCGAUAUUGCAGGUGCACCAUAUUAUGGGAUUUGCAAGCUUAUUUAUAAUGGGUAUUAUAAAUUAAUCCACUUUCUCUUAUUCUAAUUUCUGAAUAGCAUGAAAUAAAGAAAUUAUUCCCAAGACAGAAAUAAUGUUUUUGACGCAGAAACUUCAUGUACAGUUUGUUAUUCAAUGAACCCUUACCCUUUUAUAAGAAUACUUUAACGGAAGUUGAUCUAAUUUUUUUUACCAUCUUUCUUUCGAAAACGUUUUAAUCAAUUUAAGAGGGAUCGUAGGCAAUGAUAUUUAAUUAUAAAGCACCAACAUAUAUAUUUAUAUAUAUAUGUGCGUGUGUGUGUGUAUACAUACAUAUUAUUAUUAUUAUAAUUAUUAUUAUUAUAAUUAUUAUAAUUAUUAUUAUUAUUAUUAUUAUUAUUAUUAUUAUUAUUAUUAUUAUUAUUAUUAUUAUUACUAUUAUUAUUAUUAUUAUUAUUAUUAUUAUUAUUAUUAUUAUUAAACGAAUAAGCCCGAUUCAAUAUGGCUUAAUAUAGUAUUUGUUACAGUCAAAUAAAUUGUUUUUCAGAUAUAAUCCAGUUAUCGAUAUAUCAAUAGUACGUACUUAGUAUCGGAGGACAUAGAUCAGUGCUAAUUAAACAAAUAUUUAAUUAAGCUUCCGCGUCGUUUAAAUCGUCCAAAUACAAGGGAAAUAUGCAUCUCCUUUGUCUUUUAAAAAUAUUUAUCGCUUACAAAAGAAAAAAAAAGGAACAAUAGACUUGUGUGUAAAAAAAGUUUAAAAAGUCAUUACUAUUUAAUUUUGGCUCUAUAAAUAUGCUUGUUCUUGCUUAUUGGCUAUUAAGAAUAAUUAUUGUAAUAAAGUUUAUUUAUUUUCUUAAUCUAUUUAAAAAGAAUUCUCGUUAAAUAUGCUUGUCCUAUGUUUGUCGCCGUUCAAAAAGAAAAGAAAAAAAAAGAAAAGAAAAGAAA